UGUUACUCUCAGAUGCUCCUGUCUACGUGCGUCCGAAACGAUUCAGAGAAGGACUAUCAUCUACUAUAGAAAAAGAAGGCGCUUUGAUUUUAACUUGAAAAAUCCACUCCCUCGCCUUAGAGCGAUUGUUUAGCUAGGUUUUCCAAAUUGUCUCCUUCCGCAUGGAUGACAGGGAGCAAACACAAGCAAGAUGAGUGCUCCGUCGAAUGGUCAUGUUGCUAAGGGCGCGCCGAAGCGCAGGGUUGGUAUCGUCGGCUACGGCAAGCUGGGAGAGUUUCUUUGCGACAAGCUAGAAGGUAAUGAAGAAGUGGAGAUUGCUUGGGUGUGGAACCGGACGGCUUCGAAGAUACCAGCAGACAAGUACAAGAUUCUUGACGACUUGAAGGGUUUUGCGUCUGAGCCACUUGAUCUAGUAGUCGAAGUAGCACAUCCAGAUAUAUCGAAGGAAUACGGUCUGAAGUUUUUGGAUUUUUGUGACUACUACAUGGGCUCGCCGACUGCGAUGGCCGAUGCGACUCUUUGCGAAAAACUACAGGGAGCUGCGAAGAACGAUGCCAUAAAAGGAUCAUUGUACACCUUCCUUUCUAUAGUUGUUCUUUCUUUGUAAUAGUUGCUAUUUCCCACGUCACAGCAUUGAAAUUCGAUAGGUAUGCUUGCACAUGUAAACAGAAAAUCUGAAAUGACUUCCACGACAGAGUAGACAUAGACCCUAUGCAGGACUCAGGAUUCUUGUUGGCUUCCUUUACGAAGCGAAAACGAUCUUGCAUAUCACCGUACGACUUAGAAUUGGAACGAGCUUUGGGUACGUUUUUAUGGCUGCAAAAUUUAGAUUUGAUUCGGCUGUCUCAUGCUUAUCAUUCAGCAUCCGAAAAUCACCACAGCAUAGAUGUUUAACUUGUUGGUACGAACUUUCUGGCGCAUCUUCACAAUUAUACAUCAUCCAAAAUUGCUCACAGGUACAUUCCCGUUGGCGCUUUGUGGGGUGCAGUGGAUAUCCAGCGCAUGGCUGAUUUGGGAACCCUCAAAGGUCUUCGCGUGACCAUGCGUAAGCAUCCCGACUCUCUACGGCUCGUUCCGCCGCUCAGUGAGAAACUUGCAGCGGGUCCACCGGGUGAAAGUCCUGAGAACGUGUUGUUCUUGGGUCCAGUCCGCGACCUUUGUCCCCUAGCCCCGAAUAACGUGAACACCAUGGCCUGUGCCGCAAUCGCAGCGUGGAACCUCGGUUUUGACAAGACUGAAUCAAGACUGGUUGCUGACACACGUUUGACGGAAACACACGAAAUAGAAGUCGAGGUUGAGGGACCAAACGGUUUCAAAGUUUCAACUGUGCGUUCGAAUCCUGCGCAGGUGGGCGCGGUGACGGGCGCGCAGACAUACAUGUCCUUUUUCCACAGCCUCACGAAGGCGCAUGGAAAAGGGGUUGGGGUCUUCUUCUGCUAGCUUUUGACUGAGGAAAACAGGCGCUGCUUGGAUUCUCGUUUUCCGUCGGAUUCAUGAAGAGGAUUGAACGACCCGUGUAAGAAAAUUUUGAAGGGUCAACCCUGAUCGAUGUUCGGAAAGUUUUUGCGAAUUUUUUUAAUGGAGUAGCGGCUUAGUAAGGCCACGGAGCGCAAAGCAUGUUGUGCUGCCACUUAUUUUGGG